AUGUCAAAUCUGCCAGUAUCAGAUGAAAAGUUGCAGAUAAUUAAAGACGAAACAACAAAAGAUGUCUCUCUCAAACAUCUUACAUCUGUACUAAUGAAUGGUUGGCCAAAGAACAAGUCACAACUCCAUGUCAGUAUUAAAGAAUACUGGAAGCACCAAGAUGAACUGACCAUUAUGGAUGAAGUGAUAUUCAAAGGAGAAAGAAUACUGAUUCCACAUUCUUUAAGACAAGAAAUGUUGAAAUUAGUACAUAUAGGUCAUAUGGGGAUAGAGAAGUCAAAGCAACGAGCAAGAGACAUUCUGUUCUGGCCUAAUAUGAACACACAAAUUGUGGACAUGGUAUCAAAAUGUAGUAUUUGUCUGGAAUAUCGCAAAUCAAACCAGAAAGAACCAAUGAUACCAACACCAAUUCCAGAUGGUCCAUGGCAAACUGUAGCAACUGACCUGUUUAUGCUAGAUAACACUAACUAUGUGGUUGUGGCUGACUACUAUUCCAAGUUUUUUGAAGUUAUGAAACUUGAGAAUACUCGCAGUAGCACAGUUGUAAACUACACCAAGUCCAUCUUCUCAAGGCAUGAAGUACCAUUUGAAGUCAGAAGUGACAAUGGACCACAAUACACUGCAACUGAAUAUCAGCAGUUUGCUAAAGAAUGUGGCUUCAAACUUGUAACAACUAGCCCAUACAUGAGCCAAUCAAACGGUUUGGCAAAGAGAACAGUACAAACCAUUAAAAAUCUACUCAAGAAAGCACGAGAUGAUGGGAAAGACCCUUACCUCAGUAUACUGGAGUAUAGAAAUACACCAAUUAAUGACAUCGGAUCACCAGCACAAAUUCUAAUGAGUCGGAGGCUGAGAUCAACAUUACUAACGACACAGAUGCACCUAAAACCAAACGUAAUAGAACCAUCCACCCUCAAAGAAAAACUGAAAGUCAGACAAGAUCAGCAGAAAAUGGUUUAUGAUCGCCAUGCUAAACCCCUACCUAGCUUAAGCAAAGGAGAAACCAUUCGCGUUCAACAGGGAGGAAGAUGGGUGACAGCAAAGGUAUCUGGACAUGCCAAAACACCUAGAUCAUACAACAUUGAAACUGCAGAUGGAAAGCACUAUCGUCGCAACAGAAGACAUCUAAUGCAAACAAAUGAACAACAUUAUUUCGUAGAUGAUAGUGACACAGAAGAAGAAACAGAAGUCAUACCAACUCGACCAAUUAAUGAAAGGACAACAGUGACAGCGGCAACAGUGCCUAAUAAUGCCCCUGUACCUGAAGUGAAAACAACUAGAAGUGGAAGAGUUGUCAGAAAACCAGACAGAUACCAAUCUUCUGUGUGA